ACAGUUUGAGAGAAGGAAAAGGGGGUUUACGUUGCUAUGUCCGAUAGGCGGCAAGUCUUUUAGAGUGAAACUGAAUUACAAACAUAAGUGCCGAACGACGAGUUGGAUUAAAACUACGACGUGUUUACUAGUUCCCAGUUGGAUUUAGCAGCUAAAGGGAUACCCAGAAAUUGAGUGAAGGUAUCAUGAUCACCCUGUUUACUGAACUGCCUUCAUAAACUUGCCAGAUAUAUAGUGUUACAUACCUAAAGAUCCCUGGAAUCCACACAAAUACACCCACUUUGGGCUCUUGGUGUGUGAGGGAUGACAACCUCCCAUCUGAAUGGCCAUGUUGCUGUGGAGGGAGGAGGAGGUAAUGAAGAGCUGAGGGGAGGACAGCUGCACCGGGAAAUGGCUGUUGACUGUCCGGGAGAGCUGGGAAGUCGGAUGCUACCAUUCCGACGGUCUGCACAGCUAGAGAGGAUACGACAGCACCAGGAGGAUCUUCGUCGUCGUAGAGAGGAGGAGGGUCGGCAGCUGGACCUGAAUGCUUCGCUUAGACUCAGGAAGCUCUCCCAGCAUCCCCACAUUGGCAUUGACAACCCAACAUUCCUGCAAGACUCAUACACACCGCAGCAACAGCCAGCGCUUGGCAGCCAGCACACACAUGCACUGUUAGAGUUAGAGGAGUUGCUGCUGUCACUGAAGCAGGUCCAAGGCUGCCUUUCCGACCAGCAGAGUCAGAAUGACAUAGAGCUGGUUCUUGCACUACUAAACAAGUCUGACUUCCAGUCAGCGCUGAAGAUCCAUAAUGCUGUGGCCACCAGCAUGCACCGACCCUCACCUCCAUACCCACACUCACAGCAGGCACUUCAGCUGGCCUUGGAGGUCAGAAAUCUCACCCAGUCAAGUCAAAACAAAGAGGGACUUGAACUCCACAACCUGCUGUCUGACACGCACAUCCAGUCAUUGCUCCUGGCCCAUGACGACAUAGCAGAGAGGGAAAUGCAGCCUGAGCCGCUGCUCACCCAAGGAGAAACACUGACUCAGUGGGGAGGAGAGACUGUCAAGAUAGCUCGUAUAGAGAAAGCCCAAGACAUACCACUGGGGGCAACUGUUCGUAAUGAAAUGGACAGUGUAGUGAUCAGUCGCAUUGUUCGAGGCGGAGCAGCUGAACGGAGUGGACUUCUAUCUGAAGGAGAUGAAAUAUUGGAGAUAAAUGGCAUUGAGAUGAGAGGGAAAGAUGUCAACCAAGUCUUUGAUAUUCUUGCGGACAUGCACGGCAUCCUGACCUUUGUUCUUAUUCCCAGCACUCAGAGCAAACCUCCUCCUGUCAAAGAAAAUGUGAUCCAUGUGAAGUCACAUUUCGACUAUGACCCAUCAGAUGACCCUUACGUGCCGUGCAGAGAGCUUGGCUUGUCCUUCCAGAAAGGAGAUAUUCUCCACAUCAUCAGCCAGUCGGACCCAAACUGGUGGCAGGCUUACAGGGAUGGAGAUGAGGAUAACCAGCCACUUGCUGGACUUGUACCAGGGAAGAGUUUCCAGCAGCAGAGAGAAGCCAUGAAACAAACCAUAGAGGAAGACAAGGAGCCUGAGAAAUCAGGGAAGCUGUGGUGUGCAAAGAAGAACAAGAGGAAAAGAAAGAAGCUGCUUUACAACAGUCACAGGAACGAUGAUCUUGAUAAUGAGGAGAUUCUCACGUAUGAGGAGAUGGCUCUCUACCACCAGCCAGCCAACAGAAAGCGGCCAAUUGCACUGAUCGGUCCAACUAGCUGCGGUCAGACAGAGCUAAGACAGAGGCUGCUCAGCAACCAACCAGAACGGUUCGCUGGAGCUGUACCUCACACCACGCGGAGCCGUCGAGAAGGUGAGCUGAGUGGUCGGGAUUACCACUUUGUGUCUCGUCAGACCUUUGAGGCAGAACAGGCAGUAGGUAAGCUGAUUGAGUCUGGCGAGUUUGAGAAGAACCUGUACGGGACAAGUACAGAUUCUGUGAGACAGGUCAUCAACACUGGGAAAAUCUGUGUGCUCUGUCUGCACACACAGGCUCUAAAGGUGCUGAGAAGUUCGGAUUUGAAGCCUUACAUCAUCUUCAUAGCUCCACCCUCCCAGGAAAGACUCCGAGCCUUAUUGGCUAAAGAUAACAAAAACCCAAAGCCCGAGGAGCUGCGCGACAUCAUUGAGAAAGCCCGGGAGAUGGAGCAGAGCUGCGGUCACCUGUUUGAUUCAGUCAUCGUCAACAUAGACCAGGACAAAGCCUACAACGAGCUGCUACGUCUCAUCAACAAACUAGAUACCGAACCCCAGUGGGUGCCCUGCUCCUGGCUGCGUUGAAAACACACAACACACAACACACACACACACACACACACACACACACUAGUUAUGGAGUAGACAAUGAAGCACACACACAGCAGAACAUAACAAACUGUAAGCUGAAAUGCUUUGAGAGUUAUGGUGGAGUAUUCACGUCGUUAAUUGAAAAUGAAUCAAGGAUCUUGAGAGUCACAGUUUUGUGUGAUAAAAUUGUCUUUUUAUGAAAAAGCGUCCUAAUAUUACAACAUAAUGCUGUUAUUUUACAACACAAGGUCAUAAUAUUAUGAUACAACUUUACAAAAACAACCAUAAUAUUAUUUAGUAAUUGGAUAUGACUGAGGAAAAGACACAACAGUAUGAGAAAUAUUAUUUUUAAUUUUACAAAAAACAUACAAUUAUGAGAAUGAGUUCUAAUUUUGUAUUUUUUAAAAAGGCAAGUCAUAAUAUUACAAUAUAAAGUCAGAAUUAUAUUUCAAAAAUGAAAAUUUCUGAUUAAAGUUUGAUUUCAUCAGAACUCAUCAUUAGAGGGAAAAGGAGGUUGUUUUUAGAACAAAUUUCUGUUUAUUGUAAAAUUGCAUUGAUUAGUUGGCAUAUAUAUGAGUAUAUCUUGACAUUAAUAUAUUCAGUCACAUGUCAACACUGUAUAGUAGCUAUUAGAGUUAUGUUACACACAGAGUGUUGAUGUGCACUGUAUGCUGUUGUUCCUGACUGCCUUUCACAACAUUUCAAGACAGUCAUGAAGCCCAAUGGACUAUAUUCUGUGAUGCUAUGAAUGUGUUCUCAGAGCUCUUUGGCUCAGCUGCCUGGAGGUAACCAAGUUCCAACUGUGCCAUAGCCACUGCCUCAAACACAUCCUGUUGUGUAAUGUAUGCAUCGUGUAAUUGGAUUAAUUUAAUUUCACUAUCCUACAGUUUAAAAUAAUAAGGUGCUUAUUAGUGAAACAUGUCAUCAGGUCAUCCAUAUCUCUGUAUUUAUUAACAGCCCUGAGCUGUUUACUAUAUGAUUCUCUUGAUAUUAUAAUACAACUUCAAUUUUUUGGAUAUGAAUUGUUUUGGUAAGAUUACAUCAUUAUUCCAUUAUAUUGCAGCUUUUUCUAAUAAAUACUUAAUUCUUUAAAUUUUGAUAAAAUGGGACAUUGUGACGUUACGAAUUGUUUUCUCAUAAAACUUCAACUCAUUUCUACAACUUUUUUCAAACAUAAAUUAUAUUUUAUUUUCUCAUCCACAACUGUAUUUCUUGAUAAUACAAUGAUUUCAUCUUAAAAUUGUUAAAAUUACAAGGGUUUCUCAUGCAAGACUUUACUCAUAAAACUAGAGUUUUUUUUCUCAUAAAAUUACAACUUUAUUUUCAGAGUAUUAUGACUUUGUUUUUGUUUUUCAAACAUCUUCUCAUAACAUUACCCCUUUCUGGAAAUCUGAGAUUUAUUUGUAUGCAUUGAUUCAAUCUUCUGUUACCAAGCAGAGAAUAAACACCCAGCAGACAAUCAGCAUCUUCUGGAAUGUACAGUAUUGACCUGGUGGCAGUGGUAAUUUAUAAACACAUAAAAGUUUUUGUCAGUUAACUCUCCUGAAAGGGAGGUAACCCUCAACAAACUGAUCUUGGAUGGUGCCUUACUCAUCAAUAAUAUAUUUUGCUCAGCAGGGACUUUUAUAUGAUACUGACCUCUUUUUUACCCCCACGUGUGGGGCCUUAUUUGUUAUGCAUCCUUUGACUUCAUCCUGUGCUCAUUUCAGCCAUUAUAUGAUUAAAAAUAUUUCAGUUAUGACAGUCAGUAAUUUAUUGACAAAACAUUUAAUUUUGUAUUCAAGCUUUUUGAUUUUUUUUUUUUUAUUAAACAACUUUCGCUUGAAACAAAGCACUUACAAAUCAGGGCCUCUGGUGAAGAAUUGAAAUAAAAAUCACACUUGCACAAAUAGAAAUCCACACUGAGGUACUGCAUUAUUGCAGUGAAAAACACAUUAACACACACUCUGUACCCAUUUUAAACACCACAGUAGUGCAUACGAUGCUGACUUUCCUCUUUGCUAAGGAGUCUGCAGCCUUCUUAUUACUGACAGACUGACUGGCUCUCCCCUUAAAACAUACACUAUUGCAAUAAAUGUUAAAAUUAAAGGACUUGGCGCUUGUUACUUCCUGCCUGUUGCUCUGACUGACAGAACAGACUCUGUGUCUCUGAUCACAUUUGAGUAGAAACAGCCACUGAGUCUGAGGGGUUGCUAAAGCCUGAAAGUUGUAGCCUUUAGUUGUGCUCCUAAUCGGCAUAUUAUGCUGAAUUUAUUCUAUAUUUAGCGUGUGUGCAUGUGCGUGUGUCUGUACACCUGUCUUUAAAAAUGGUGAAGUAUUAUUGUUACCUAAAGUAGACCUGAUGCCAUAUCACUGUUAUCACCUGGUAGAUCAUUUACAUAUUUGUGAUAUUAAAAAUAGAUUAGUCCAAAAAACACCUAUGAGCUAACUGGAAUUAACUGUGUUGAAUGUAAAGUUUAUUAAUACCACUUCUUGUUUAUCAGACAUCACUACUUCUUGAGAAAAUCAGAUUUAUGUAUGAAUAUUCACAAUGAAUGAAUAAAUAGAAAAUCACUGGCUGA